AUGCGCCGCAGCCUUGCGUUGUUGAUCUUCGAAAGCCGCGGGGAUUCCACACCCCCUCCGAAAGAGCUGAGCCUGGGAGAAGGCUACCUUGAUUCCUUGCCACUAUCGCAUGAAGGUGUACGCAGGGACACCUACUUCUCUAGCACAGCCUUCCCCAGAUCUUGCGAGGGUGCUGGUGCAAACUAUGGCUUGUCCGAUGAGGGUUUACCGUGGACGCAAGGGCGCGCGGCCUUUCGAAAGUAUGUCGCCUCGGAAUCCCCGACGUUGGAACUACAGGCGGAGAUGUCGACACUUGCAUGGGACUUGUCCCACUGUUGGUGCACCUGUGGUUCCUGCCAUGAGCUGCUACAAGUCUGCCCUCUUGGCACUCUGACAGCCUUGAACCUCAUGCGAGUUGCAUCGUCCGUGAAUGUGGCCUCCCGCGUGGCCUCCUUCGCAAACACGGUGAGCGUCUGCUCCCACAUGGAUCCCUAUGUCUUGAUCACCCGGCUUUCUUCGCACUGGCCCGAGCUGCUGCUUUCCUCCUGGCCGAUCUUUGGAUCAAUGUACCGCCUUGCCAUGCAGGUGAUGAAGGAUGGACUGCACGAGGGUCACCUCGAUGGCAUCUUCGCUGCACAGGUGCAGCAAGCCCCCGCGGAGUGGGGACUCGAGGGCCGGACUUGGGUGGCCUCGGAAAGCUUCUGUGGACUUCUGGGGUUUCGCUCCACCAUGCACAGCUGCCCCUUGAUAAUGGCGUCAGCGCUUGUGAGGCAGGCGCUGGAGCUGGCGCAGCUCUUGCAGCAGGCGCAGCCGCACCCUCAGGCGAUCGAUGCGAUCGAGACCUUGGUUGGCCGCGCCCAGCUGCUGGUGCAGAGCGUGCUGCCCUCCGUUCCGGGCGUGAACGAGUGCAUGAAAUCCCAAAACCUGUUCCUGGGCCUAAGCCUCUCGCUGCAUGGGCUGCGCAUGUUCAAGAACCUGAUGCUUCUGCAGGACCUCCUAGAGGGCUGGCUCUAUGUCCUGCCAGCAAAGCCCAACCGCUCCAGUAUCUGCCCAGCAUCACAAGGCACACGCUGGCAGGGCGAGUGGCUUACGGAGACUGACUUCCUCAAGGACUUUGAGUCCCAGCUCAGCUACGAGACGCUGCAGCACCAGCUUCAAGAGUUCCCCGCGCCACCUGCGACAGGCAAGCGCGAGGCCUGGGUUUGCACGCUCUUUGCCGGCCCGGAGGUGCCCGAAAGCCAGGUAGCCACCCAUGCCGAACUCAUUCGCACGCUGGCCCACUCUGUGCGGCGACACUCCUGGCACUCGCGCCCAUUUGUGGUACUCACUCAGGACAGCCUUCCCGAGCUGAUCCGGCGGGAGCUGCUGGCAGAUGGGUUCAUCAUCGAGUACUUCGAUGCUUCGCCGCUGCUCAUGCGCGUGCCCGAGGGCCUCGAAUGGAAGCUGAGCUGGUUCGAAGGCCGGCAUCUGACUCCAACCAUGGGGCAGCUUGCUGUGUGGAAUCUGACCUCGUGGGACACCCUGGUCAUGCUGGAUGAUGACAUGCUCAUGCUGAAGCCUGCGGACGAGCUCUUCAGCAUUCCUGUUUUUGCCAUGUCGCAUGAUCCGAGCCCCGUGGGCCAUGCCCUCGACACGCAGGGGCAAAGGACACGUCUGAACAACGCUGCUCGGGUGGUACAGCCCUCGGCUGCACUCUUCAACAGCAUGGUGGAGGAGCUGCAGUCAGGCUUGUACAAGAACCACCCGCUCAUCAACUUCUGGGGGUAUGACCUGCAGACCUUGGAAGAUGCAUUCUGGAGUCAGCACAGCCGCCGCAGUGGCCUCACAACUUUCGAUUCCUCCGGAUCCUUCCAAGGCUGCACCACAGCUCGACCUGGCUUGGCUCGACGGAAGCUGCAAAGCCUGGCCGAUUCCUUGCCAGACGAGGCAGAGGUCAAGCGGCUUCGUGAGUUCGAGGAGAUCAACUCCCAGGAGAAAGUACACUGCGUGCUUCCUGUGGACUACAACUUUUUUGUGGACUUCAAGAGUGUCUUCCACCUGGUCUACCACUCCAUCUCACAGGAGGAGCUUCGAUUCUGGAGCACACGAAAGCUCAUGCGCAUCUCGGGCUUUUAA